AUGUAUCGAGAGAUCGGUCCCAAGCAGUCAUUAUCAUCAGAACUGAAGGGAUCAUUCUCCACCUGGCAGGAUCAUAAGGAAGAAACAGAAGAGACGCCAAAGCCGACCCCUCUUCCUUUUGAUAAACGACCAUGCCCAUGCGGACGCACGAACCAUCGGCAUUGGGUUGCAACGUGCUAUGCCCUGAAUGAGGCCGCCCGACCUUCCUGGUUCAAGCCAAACGAUGAGACGCUUCAGAAGAUCAAGAAGAACUUUGCAGCGGAUCCUGCAUGGAAGAAAUGGGUCGAGAAGGUAGUCAAAGACGCGAAUGAGGUCAAACAGAAGCCUCAAGACUCCGCGCAUGCAGUGCACGAACGGACAAAUAGUGCCCGUACAGACAUCCCGAAAGAAGAUCCGGUUGAUAUGUGUUUCCUGACGCAGUCGCCACAAAUCAGUGCCGAAGUUUUCUCAGCAAGCCAUAAGGCUAGAUCAACCAUCCAAGACCGUUGGAUACUGGACACUGGAGCUUCAAGGCAUAUCUGCAACGAUAAGAGUCGGUUCAUCAGCCUUGAACCGUACGAAACAACUCUCGCAACCGGAGAUAGCAGCACAAAAGUCAUCGCACGUGGUACGGUCAAACUCAUUGGAAGAAACCCCGAAACAGGCAAGAAGAGAGUAAUAUCCCUAAGUGAUGCACUCUAUUCACCGGGCUUCCACACCAACUUGGUCUCAUACGCUGCAUUGUUGAAGAAAGGCGGUAGAUGGUGCCAGAAAUCCAACUGCAUUGUCGACACCGACAACCGACCUAUAGUGAGCGUGCACCUAUGGGAUAGUAUGAAUCUCUGGCUAUUCGACGAACCAGAGGAAGUCGUAUAUCCCCAUGCACACGCUGUGCGAUCAUCAGAGAAGCCACUCGAAGCGAGGGCUUCAGCAAACCUCUGGCAUCGUCGUUUCGCGCAUAUAAAUCAUAAGACAGUGCAUAAACUAGCUUCGAUGGUCGAUGGAGUGACUAUUGAGGACGGGAACGAAGAAGAAGCACUAUACGAGACAUGUCAACUAGGCAAUGCACCCCGAUAG